AAGUGCAGGUUCCAACGAAUCCUGGGGUGUGUAUCCUACUGGCGAUAAGGUGCGAGUGUGAGCUACAGGCUGCAGCAUGUAACACAUGAACACACCCACGUUGCACAUUCUUCACUAAAACGACGGAAAGGGCGACAGAAGGACAGAUCUCAGGCACACGUGUGACGUUCGCUCCUUCUUGCGUUUGUCCUGUAAGACAUGGCAGAGAAGUCGUCCCAGUCUGUUGGUGACGGCCAGGCCGCGCUGAGUGGUCUCACGCUGCCAUCUGCAGGCAUCCAUGGUGUACAGCAGGACGGACAGAGCUUUGCGCUGGACUUCAACAGCGGUGGUGUUGCUCAGCCUUUCCCACGAUCACCAAAGCUACAGAGGAAGGUGGCUAAAGCUGCACAGCCCUCGAAGGUAAACACACCUGGAGGUGGCACCAGUUCUUGGUCCUCAUCCUUAUUCAUGACAUCGCUCAGGUCAUCACAUAUAAAAACUAUAUGUAUUUACUCCAAAGAAAAUGUGGCCAGUUUACUGGGCUGUAACUGUGACCUACAGGAGCAGCUGUCUAGAUGUUUGGAGGAGCUACAGGCAGAGAAAUCCAAGACUGAGGCCCACAUCCAGUCUCUAAAGAAGCGCAAAGCCGAUCUCUGCAGAAGAACUGAUAUGAUGAAGCACCAGGUUCACGACUGCUUUGAGAACAUGAGGGCGGUCCUGAAGAAGGACGAGCAGGCCAUCAUGGAAUCGCUGGACCUGGACCUCAAACGGACCAGAACCAGACUGGACCAGGUUUUGAGAAACUGGAAACAACACCAGGACAAAGUCGGCAAAAGCAUCAGCAGCACCCAGAGAGCACUGAGCAGCAGCUGUGCCGCAGAGGGAGAUGGGAAGGGUCACACUGAGAGUCUAAGCCCCAAGAGACCAGACGCCUCUGAAAAAGAUAUCAGGUUGAAUGAAGAGAGAUUUGAGAGACUUCUUAAAACUUUAUCCUCCAUUUCUAAGAGCCUGAAAGCCCAACUGCAGAGGAAGACUCUUCUGUUAGAUUUCUCCCCUGUGGUGAUGGACAGACACACCUGCCACAGUCACAUCACAGUGACAUCAGAGGGGCGGGCCUUGACCUACUCGGGCACCGCCCGCUCAGCUCUGGAUCAUCCUCUCCAGUUUGACAAGGUGUGCUGUGCUCUGGGCGCGUCUCCUGUGAAAGCCGGCACCAGCUACUGGGAGGUGGACGUGCGCUGCUGCUCGGCCUGGGCCGUGGGCGUGACCUACGCCAGCCUGCAUAGAAAGAGCCGGGACAAGGGUGCCAAACUGGGCCGGAACAGGAACUCGUGGUGCGUGGAGCUGCGUAACAGGAACCUGUGGGCCUGGCACAACGACCGGCACGUGGUGUGUCACGGGGUCGGACAAACUUUGCUCAGGAAAGUGGGAGUGUGGGUGAAUUAUGACGAGAGCCAGCUGUUUUUUUACGACGCAGACACCAUGACUGUUCUGCAGAGGUUCUCAUCAGCCAUUACCGCGGUGUUCGACAGGGCUCAUCACCAGUUUACCGAGCCCUUGUACCCAGCUGUUCGCUUCCUGAGGCCGUCGGAGAACCAGGUGUGGCCAAACCACCUGGAGCUUUGCCACUUUAACGCCCUGUGAUGCAGUAAUGUGGAAUCCAUCUGAUGUCUUUCUCAUGACAGUGUGUGUGUUCUUUACUGGGGUGGAAGGUUGUGUACCUGAGAACACGAAUGACCUAGACACAGUACUGUGUUUACAGGCUGCUUCACACACGGCAAGCUGCGCCACAUAUUCUACACAAGCACAGUAUUACUUUUUAGCCAUAACCUGUGUACAAAGAUGCGAUGCAGAUCCUUAUGACAUGGAUAUCUAGGAUUCACUUUUUUUAUUUUAACAUUGAAUAAUGCUUAGGAUUAUGGUAGGUUGAGUUUAGUUGUGGUUUCAGAUCAGUUACAAUUUACUGUGUAUGUAUAGCAUGUAAACACUGUGUUAAAUGACAUAGGACAGGCUCACCUGAAGUCAAUGUCCAGCAGUAGACACUUGAUCGGUUUGUGCUUUUGCUCCAGGUUGCGCAACUUGAUGAGCUCCACGAGUCUGUUACAAAAACCUAUGAUCACUACAGAUGAAAAACUUCAAUACAAUUAUUUAGUAUGUAUACAGUGCAAAAAGACAAAUUAGAAAAAAUAAUAAAAUAAAAAUAUAUUGUAUA